AUGGAAUUCCCUGAACUUGGCAAACGCUGCACAGCCAAAAGCUGUAAUUUGUAUGACUUUUUACCCUAUACUUGUGUGAACUGUAAAAAGGUAUUCUGCCAAGACCACUUUAAGCUACAGGCGCAUGAUUGCCCUAGUCUCAAUGACCCAAGUAUGGAUGUUCGAGUGCCCAUCUGUCCAAUUUGCGAGAAGCCAGUGCCGGCGAAACGAGGCGACGAUCCAAAUAUUAGAAUGAAUCAGCAUAUACAAAGCAAUUGCUCAGAUUUGGAACCCAAAAACGACAACACAUGCCGCAAAAAGGGCUGUACAACAAAGAUGUUGGUGCCAAUGCACUGUCCUGAAUGUGGGCUUUCGUUUUGUGUCAAGCACCGAUUAGAAGUGGAUCAUCAGUGCAAAGGAAAACCAGCAAAAGCAGCGACUCCUAUGAUGAAGAUGAAUCCGUUUAAUCACACAUCGAAACCAACACAGCAACAGCAACAGCAGCCAUCAAGGACAGAGAUGGAAAGGCAGAGAAGGGAUCGAGUGAACGCAGCUAAUCAAAGAAAACAAGACAUUGCUCGAUUACAAGCCAAGGUAAAACAAGGAAACAUCACGGACAAGGAGCAAAUCCAUUUGGCAAAGCUGUUAUCGUUGAAAGAAAAGGAUGGAAAAUGCGUGGUGUGCUAG